UGCGUAGGUCUCGCGUCACGGGGAGAAGGGGCUACGGAGCGUGGGUCCUGAGGGCAUGAAGGUGUGGCUAGGAAGGGGCGAGAGGCGCUGGGCUUUAAACUCACUGGCUAGGAAGCUUACCCCCCAUCACCCAGGCCAUGAUGGCAGCUUGCCUGGUGAAGCGAUGCACGUGCCUCCUGAGAGAAGCUGCCCGUCUGGCCCCUGCUGUUUCUCCAGUUGGCCAACUGAGACUUGCCAGGGUAGCCCAUAAGACUCUGACUUCCUCAGCCACCUCAGCAAGUUCCCACUUCCCAAGUUCCUUGACGGAGCUGCUGGAAAAGGAACAAGUGUUUACUCCCUACCCAGAGCGCCAGGAGGUGGACCAUCUCAUCGAGAAAGCCACAAGGGCAGAGGAGCUCCUGGAGCUUUCUGGUGGUAGUCACAGCCUGCACCACAACCACGCAGCCCUCAUACUUAUCCAACUCUCUCGCCUGCUAUACGAGAAGCCAGAAGACAAGGCCUCACUCAUACAAGAUACCCGCUUUCAGCAACUGCUCCAUCUGGUCAACAGUCAGAUAACCUUGGUUUGGCAUGGGACACUCGUGAAGCUGCUGCGGAGCCUGUAUGCGCUGGAGCUCCCCAAGUCUUCCAAGGAGCUGCAGUCGGUUGAGCAGGAGGUCCGCUGGCGCCUGCGGAGGCUCAAGUACAAGUACCUGGUCUCCCUGGCAGAGUCCUGUGUCACCUCCAUGCAGGAGGAGCACUCCCAAGAGCUGCUGGCUGAGCUGCUCAUGCACUUGGAGAGGCGCUGGACAGAAAUUGAAGAUGGCCGCACACUGGUGGCCAUCAUGGUGAAGGCCGGGCACCUGUCAGAGACGCUGAUGAACCGCCUGGAAGACAAGUGCCUGGAGCUGGUGGAGCAGUUUGGCCCCAAUGAGCUGCGGAAGGUGCUGAUGACGCUGGCAGCUCAGAGUCGACGGUCUGUGCCCUUGCUGCGGGCCAUCUCCUACCAUCUGGUACAGAAGCCCUUCCCUCUGACGAAAGGUGUACUCUUGGACCUGGCCUACGCCUAUGGCAAACUCAGCUUUCACCAGACCCAAGUGUCUCAGCGCCUGGCCGCCGACCUGCUGUCCCUCGUGCCCAGCCUAACCCCCAGUGAGGUGGCCCGCUGCUCCAAGUCCUUCGCCUUCCUCAAGUACCUCAACCUACCCUUGUUUGAAGCCUUUGCCCAGCACAUCUUGAACAAAGCAAAGAACAUCACCCUGCCCCACCUGUGCAGCAUUCUCUUGGCUUUUGCACAUCUGAACUUCCAUCCAGAACAAGAGGAUCAGUUCUUCAGCCUGGUGCAUGAAAGGCUGGGGUCAGAGCUGGCACAGCUGGAGCCCUCCCUGCAGGUGGACCUGGUGUGGGCUCUGUGUGUGCUGCAGCAGGCGCUGGAGGCAGAGCUGCAAGCUGUUCUGCAUCCCGAAUUUCACUCCCAGUUUCUAGGGGGCAAAUCUCUGAAAGAUCAGAGCACCUUUCAGAAGCUGCUGCACAUCAACGCCACAGCUUGCCUGGAGCACUCUGAAUACACAGGCCCCCUUCUGCCGGCCUCGGCCCUGGUCCCCAGGCCCUCAGCCCUUGACAAGAAGGAGACUCCCCUGCAGAAGGACCUGCAGGAGACUCUGAAGGGGCUGCUGGGGAGCGCUGACAGGGGCAGCCUCGAGGUGGCCACGCAGUAUGGCUGGGUGCUGGAUGCUGAGGUGCUGCUGGACAAAGAUGGUCAGUUUCUGCCCCUGAGGGACUUUGUCGCCCCUCACCUUGCCGAGCCAGCCGGGAACCAGCCGCUGCCUGUGGGGGCUAUGAGGUUGGCUUUCCUGCGGUGGGAGUUCCCCAACUUCAACAGCCGAAGCAAGGAUUUGCUGGGUCGCUUUGUACUGAUGCGGCGCCAUGUGGUGGCUGCAGGCUUCCUGGUGGUGGAUGUCCCAUACUACGAGUGGCUGGAACUCAAGUCUGGAUGGCAGAAAGGCGCCUACCUCAAGGACAAGAUGCGCAAAGCAGUGGCUGAGGAGCUGGCCAAGUGACCAGUCCCAUCAGCAUGGACUGCAUUCCUGGGGGCCCCUCUGCCAGGAGGCGCUGGGUGGGCAAGAGGUGUCACCCUUGCAGCCCACCCUUCUUAGUGCAGGACCUUGGCCAGGGUGGGGGUAUGGCCAGCAGCUCUGAGGGACAGAUGGUCCUCUCAUGGGUAAUAAAUCUUUAAUUUUGAUGUUGACA